GCCCAGUCCAACAAAAAAACAAAUCUUAGAUUGGACUGAGAUUUGUUUGGCCCGUUUUAGGCUCUGCUCGAGCGCCCGUCGACAUCGCCGAAACUUCAUAUUUCGGCUGCCGUCACACCGCCAUCACAAUGAUCCGGACCCUGAUGAGAAACCUGAAGAAGAGGAAGAUUUAGAAGAAGAAGAUGAUCCAGAGGAGGAUCCUGAAUACAACCCGGAUGAGGACUGAAAUCCCAUGACCUUGAUUAUAGGUUCAGUGAUUAGCGGCAAGUAAAGCGAGAGUACUAUCAACAAGGAACUUUUGGUAGUAGGAUUCCAGGUCUGAAGCUAAGCUCGUUGUAUGAUUUUUUGAGUAAAUACUCAUUUACUUAAGUUUUGAGAUGCUGUCAAUUGUGGUUGAGGCUGCGUUCUUCGUGUGGAUCCCCUAUUCUUUUUGGAUUCGGGUGUGACAAUCAAUACAAAGCGUGCAAGGUGUCUUAAUUUGUUAUGCGGGUGUGCAUCAUGACCAAACAGCCAUGAGCUGAUGGAUGACUAGACAUCAGAAGCUUGACCAUUUCCACAUCAAGCCCCCAGCCUGUGGAGGCACUAUGUUAGAGAAUACCAGCUAGUUUAUUCUCCAGAACUUAAAUAUAUGCAAAAUAGAGCAUGGCAAAUAUUGCAGUAAACUACCUUGUUAACAAGCUCAAGGACUUUCUAGAGAAUGGGGUUCUAGUGAGCGGUGCCGAGGAAGAAGUUACUUUAGUGAAGAGACAAUUGGACAACGUAAGGGCAUUCCUGAGGAUUGCAGAUUCCCUGGAAGAGAGGGAUGAGGAAGUCAAAGUUUGGGUGAAGCAGCUGAGAGAAAUCGCAUAUGACACUGAAGACUCUCUAGAUGAGUUCAAACUUCUCCUGGCGCAUGAUCAUGGAAUUGGAUUUCCCGGUCUUCUCUCCAAGAUGUCCUGCUGUAUCAAGAACAUGAAAGGUCGAUACCGAAUUGUUUCGGAGAUGAAAUCCAUCAACUCCAGAAUCAGAAACAUAUAUGAUGGACACUGGAGAGUCCGAGACAAAUUAAAUAAAGUCGAACAUCGCUAUGGCUCUAGUAAGCCAGACGACACAUGGCAGGACCAGCGAGGAAAUGCUCUUCUUUUAGACAAAGCUGAGCUGGUAGGCAUCAGUGAACCGACAAAAAAGCUGGUCGGCUGGCUGAUUGAGGGCGCUUCCACUCGGCAAGUAAUCUCAGUCGUGGGGAUGGGAGGACUGGGGAAAACUACAUUAGUGAAGCAAGUUUACGAAGAUCCAGAAGUGAAGAAACAUUUCAUGGUACGUGCUUGGACAACUCUUUCUCAAUCUCCAAAUAUAGAAGAGAUCCUUCAAGGCAUGGUUCGACAAAUUAUGAGGCAUACCCAACAACCAGUUCCUCCUAUAGAGGACAACGUGGAUAGAUUAUACCAAAAGAUGAUUAUCAAGGACCUGCUACAAAAUGCGAGGUACCUGAUCAUCAUAGAUGAUGCGUGGCGCAUGAAUGAUUGGGAUGCAAUCAAACAUGCAUUACCUAACAACAACUGCGGCAGCCGAAUAAUCAUCACAUCCAGGAAUUCUGAUUUAGCACAUACCUCCUGCGGGGAAUUUGGAGGGAUGGUUUACAAGAUGGAGCCACUACCAGCUGAAGAGUCAUGGAAGCUUUUCUGCGCAAAGACAUUCCAGGGGAACUCCUGCCCUCAUCAUCUAGAGGAGACCUGUAGGCUCAUUCUAAGAAAGUGCAAGGGAUUGCCACUUGCUAUUGUGGCCAUCAGUGGUGUUUUGGUUUCCAAAGACACGAGAAAAAAGGAUGAAUGGGAUCUGGUUCGCCAAAGUCUUCAUACUGAAGUCAAUUGCAAUGACAAGUUCAGAACCUUCAAAAGAGUCCUAUCACUUAGUUUUGAUGACCUGCCAUACUACUUGAAGUCCUGUUUCCUGCACUUGAGCGUAUUUCCCAGGGGUUACCUCAUUAGCUGUGGGAAAUUAAUUCGACAAUGGAUUGCAGAAGGAUUUGUAGACAAGAAAGAAGGCAUGACAGUAGAAGAAGUAGCCCGGGACUACUUAUAUGAGCUCAUUAACAGAAGCCUGAUAGAGGUGGCUGCUCAAAGAGGCGAUGGAAGGAUUAUGUAUUGUUCUGUCCAUGAUUUUCUGCUGGAUAUAAUUACUUCAAAGUCGAGCAACCACGGCUUUGCAGAAACAGCCAUAGAUAAACAUCAUAAAUGGCCUGAUAAAGUUCGUCGCCUAUCUAUACAGAACGGCCAGCAAGCUAUGCAACAGAGAAGGUCAUUGUCUCGGCUACGCUCUUUAUACAUGUUUGGGGUAGAGAGAUCUUCCACGGAUGCUGUUCUAGGUAGUGAAAUGAGACUGCUCACUGUUCUGGACUUGCAAACUGCUCCUUUGACAAGGAUCCCAGCUCAAGUUGCUGAGUGGUGCCACAUGAGAUAUCUGAGUUUAGGUACAGCAAGGUGAGAACUGUUCCAAAUUCCAUAGCGAAGCUUCAAAACCUAGAAACCCUGGACCUUAAACAGACGUAUGUCACAGAAUUGCCAGUUGAGAUCUUGAAGCUCCAACAACUUCGUCAUUUACUCAUAUAUCGUUAUAGAUGGUACUCUAAUGGAUGGUACUCCAACUGCGGCUUCAAGUGCCCAGAAGAAAUAGGGGCUCUACAGUCCCUGCAAAAGAUCUCCUUCAUAAGAGUAGGUAAUGAGAGAAACAGCAGCUUAAUACGAGAGCUUGGGAAGUUGAAACAAUUGAAUAGGUUAGGCAUCGUGAAGUUGAGAAAAGAAAGUGCAAGGGAAUUGUGCUCGUCAAUUGAAAAAUUAACGAAGCUUCAAGCAUUAUCCAUAAGUUCAGUCGAUGAAAAUGAGAUUAUUGAUCUACAACCCCUCUCUACUCCACCUUCAUUUCUCCAGAGACUCUACUUGACAGGACGUCUGGGGGCAUUACCACGUUGGAUAUCAUCUCUUGAUAGCCUAAUGGUAUUGAAGCUGAAACAUAGUCAGCUAAAGGAUAGUCCAUUGUCAUCUUUGGGGAAUUUGCCUAAUCUUGUAAAUCUCCAGUUGAUUCAGGCUUAUGAAGGAACCAAGUUGCGUUUCAAUGCCAACAGCUUUCUGAAGCUACAGGUUCUGAGCCUUGGUUGUUUUGACAAACUCAAAUGCGUGGAAGUGGAGAAGGGAUCAAUGCCUUGUCUUGAGAGUUUGCUUAUUAGGAGUUGUAAGCUAAUGGAGGAGCUUCCAUCAGGUAUUGAGCAGCUGGAAAAGCUGACAAGGCUGCGGUUUAUCAACAUGCCUGAUGAGUUCGUGAAGAAACUUACGCAAGAUGGACAAGACGAUUAUUACCUCAAACUGGCCCAUGUUCCAGAAGUAUAUUACGGUUACUGGAGAAGAUCCCGGGGACGCUUUGCUCACCGAAGCCUUUGUGUGAGGAGCGUUGAAUUCCCUCCAUGCUCAAAAUGGGCGGCUGAGCCUAGAAUGCAGUAUAAUGCUUCUCCUGAGGUAUGAGUGAUUGAAUGAUUGAAAUUCUAGAAAAUAGUUGUUAUUUUGUGAUAAAAAUUGAAACGCGUGGUCUAAGGUCACAACAGGAUCUGUAAAUGACAUUUCGUGGUUGGUUCGCAUUAUUCUGCAGCAUCCCUUUGCCUCAGAGAAGAGAACGGUCAAGUGGGAUGGUGUAUAUUCAACUUUGAACUUCCUAGAGUGUAUGCGGAUUUAAGAUUAAAUUCUGCUAUUACGAGAAGCCAAUUCCAUGUUUUUCA